UGGCCAAUCUUCCCCAAAGGGGAUAACAGAGGCUGUAAAAGGGUGAGGGGAGGAAGGAUGUGGCAGAGGAGGGAGGUUGGCGAGUGGGAGGUGACGCACUUUGAUUGUCUUUGGACAGGAGCCCAUGGCCUCACGGCCCACUCGGAGUCCCGGGGUCCUGGACCUGUUCUCCCGGCUCCCGGCGGCCUCAGCCCCCGCCAACCAGAGCUCCGCGGGCAAUGGGACGGCAGCGGAGCGGGACGCACAGGCGGGCGCGCCCUUCAAGAGCCUGCAGCUGGUGCAUCAGCUCAAGGGCCUGAUCGUGCUGCUCUACACCAUCGUGGUGGUCGUGGGGCUGGUGGGCAACUGCCUGCUGGUGCUGGUGAUCGCGCGGGUGCGCCGGCUGCACAACGUGACCAACUUCCUCAUCGGCAACCUGGCCCUGUCCGACGUGCUCAUGUGCGCCGCCUGCGUGCCGCUCACGCUGGCCUACGCCUUCGAGCCGCGCGGCUGGGUGUUCGGCGGCGGCCUGUGCCAUCUGGUCUUCUUCCUGCAGCCUGUCACCGUGUACGUGUCGGUGUUCACGCUCACCACCAUCGCCGUGGACCGCUACGUCGUGCUGGUGCACCCGCUGCGCCGGCGCAUCUCGCUGCGCCUCAGCGCCUACGCGGUGUUGGCCAUCUGGGCGCUGUCCGCGGUGCUGGCGCUGCCCGCUGCCGCGCACACCUACCACGUUGAGCUGGAGCCGCACGGCGUGCGCCUCUGCGAGGAGUUCUGGGGGCCCCAGGAGCGCCAGCACCAGCUCUACGCCUGGGGGCUGCUGCUCGGCACCUACCUGCUGCCCCUGCUGGUCAUCCUGGUGUCUUACGUGCGGGUGUCGGUGAAGCUCCGGAACCGCGUGGUGCCGGGCUGCGUGACUCAGAGCCAGGCCGACUGGGACCGCGCGCGCCGCCGCCGCACCUUCUGCCUGCUGGUGGUGGUCGUGGUGGUGUUCGCCGUCUGUUGGCUGCCUCUCCACAUCUUCAACCUGCUGCACGACCUCGACCCGCGCAUCAUCGACCCCUACGCCUUCGGGCUGGUGCAGUUGCUGUGCCACUGGCUGGCCAUGAGCUCGGCCUGCUACAACCCCUUCAUCUACGCCUGGCUGCACGACAGCUUCCGCGAGGAACUGCGUAAGCUUGUGCUCACCUGGCCGCGCAAGAUCGUGCCUCACGGCCAGAGUGUGACGGUCAGCGUGGUCAUCUGAUGUCCCUGCGACAGCCUUGGGUGGGAGCUCCAGGUCCUCCGGCCUCUGUGGGCG